GCACGGGGAACUCGGGGAAGGAAAAAUGGGAAAAUAGCUUUACCUUUUGCGUUGACUUGUUUUACAUUAUUCCCAUCACGAUCACUAUUUAUAAUUCCAUUCGCGCGCACAUCAAAAGCUUUAAUCAACAAUGAGAUAAUAUCCCAUGAGCAAAGGAGUCGGCCGGGAUCGAGGCGCGCUCCACAAUGACGCGCCCGGGCCCCCCCAAUGAGAACUUGCCUACGGUGAAACUGGUGGUGGUAGGAGAUGGUGGUGUGGGGAAGAGCGCCAUCACGAUCCAGUUCUUCCAGAAGCUGUUUGUGACGGAUUAUGAUCCCACCAUCGAGGACUCUUACAUACAGCACACAGAGGUUGACGGCCAGUGGUGCAUCCUCGAUGUUCUGGACACAGCGGGCCAAGAGGAGUUCAGCGCGAUGCGCGAGCAGUACAUGCGGAAGGGCGACGGUUUCCUUCUCGUCUACUCGGUCACGGACCCGCAGUCUUUCCGCAAUUUACGUCGGUUCCACACUCAGAUACUGCGCGUUAAGGACAGGGACACAUAUCCAAUGCUGCUCGCCGCCAACAAGGUGGACUUGGUCCACGUGCGCGCCGUCAGCGAGGAUGCAGGCCGAGACCUCGCGCGCUCGCUCAACGUGCCCUACAUCGAGACCAGCGCUAAAGAACCGCCGCUGAACAUCGAGCGGGCUUUCCAUGAGCUUGUCCGAAUAAUCCGCAAGCAUCCACAGCAGGAAGAGAAAGAUCGUCGUCGCCGGAAAUUUGGAAAAUGUACGCUGCUCUGAGAUCCACAAGUGGCUAACUUCACGAUCACCAUUCGUUGCUACUUUCAAGCUGUCGCAACUGACAGCGGUAGCAGUAAAGAUCCAUGCGUGGCUAACUUCACGAAGGUAACAAUCGCGGCCAGUCUCAAGCUUUUCACGCUGUGACGCACUUCCAAGCUGUGAGUAGCCAGUAUUAUGAGAUCUAUACGUGUCUAACUUCACGAAUAUAAGCCAGGCCAGUCUCAUUGGAGGCUGCGGGAUGCGAGUUACAUUUGGCUAACUUCACGAUCAUUAUUCGCGGCUACUAUCAAGCUUUGAGAAGUAAUCCAUAUGUGACUAACUUCAUGAAUAUUCAAACUAUUCAUGGCUAUAUCGAGCCGUGUUGAAUGUAUGAUGUUCAAUUUCUAGGAGCUGUGGGAAGUUUCCGAAAUUUUCAUAAGAAUGUAAAUUUCCGUUUUGGAAAAGGAAAUUUUCUUUUCUUACAUAAAGUCUAAGUUUCCAAUAGUCUGAGAAAAUUUCUCUAAUUUGAAAAUUUCUGUAAUAAAAAAAGUUACAGACCAAAAAAACAGGUACCUGAAUUCGUCCCAGAGAAAAUGGCGCUUAUUUAGGCGCUUUCAUUGAUUAAGAUGCGCCAAAGUGGCCUAAAUCCCACCUUUUUCAUUUCUAACAGUUAUAAAAAUCAGAGCUGUGCUUUUUAAACCAAAACUGCAUUUGAAACUAGAUAUGGUUUGCUUAGUCGUAAGGUCGAUUAUUUAAAUGAACAAAGAAACCCCGUUAUUUUGAAGUUUCUAAGCUGAAACUGCACAAAUGUUUUCCAAACUAAAAGGUCCUCAUGAUCAUGGACCCUUUUGCUAUGGAAAAGCACAAAUAAAGAGUUUGUUUUAUAUAUGGAUGUAUAUUUAUAUAAGAGAGUCGCAGAGACGUAAAAACUGUAGUUAUUGUUGGUUGAUAGUCACAAAUGCCUAGCAUUUAUUUAUUCAAUGCAGAGACAGGUCAAGAAUAUUGAUUGACAAUUUCCGACACUGUCCCGAUCGGACGAUUCCGGCAAUGUUCGGCAUUGCUACGUAGCAUUGAUUGGUAUAACUUGACGUUAAUGACGUUCCCUUGAGUGCGAUACAACAGUAAAAUAAUUACUUGAUAACCCUAUUUGGUUACUGGUAGAAAAUGCUUUUUGGCACUAAGUUCGCUUUUUGUACAAUAAAGAUUAAUCCCCUUAUUCAUAAACGUACUCUAAAGUUAUCAAGCCGAUAAAGUUCGUUUGUCCUUUUCUAUCACACCAAUACGUCGGAAAGGAACAAGGAACUGUUGUACUAAGUGCUAUAUUU